AUGCCCAGUGUGGCUCUAGGCCAGACCGACGUGCUGGAGGAGUAUCUCUAUGGCUUGAUCCAGAAGAACGUCUUUCUCAGCAGCAUUGAAACCGUGAAGAUCUAUGGUUUUACUUAUACGACAGGUUUCACGGCUUUACACAAAGCCGCCGGUGACGCCACCCCUUCCAUUAUCACGCUUAUCCUGAAGUACCGCGCCGACCCGAAUGCCGAGCCCACAAACGGCUGCACCGCCCUGAUGGAGGCGGCGCUCUGGGGUCGGCUUUGA